UUUUUUACAAAUUCAUGGUUUCAAGCGGUGCUUCAAAUGUAGGCGUAUUCUUGUAUUUGGCGAAGUCCACGGCUGCUGUUGACGUCAUACGAGCAAUACUACAUCCUCAGACUUUUGAGGAUUCAUUGUGUAUUUAUGUUGUUGCUGUAUUUCUCGGUGGAUGGAUUAUUUUGUUGACGUUCGUCUUCUCCUAUUGGCUGUAUUUUCGUGCUCCUAUACCCAACUAUACUUACGAGUUGGUGACUGUUAGUAAUGUGCAAUCAGCUGGAAGAGACACAAUAUCAACCUCGGAGUGUCAGGACCAAGCUGCAGGCGGUUCAGCUCGUGGCAGUACUAGCGAUGGACGUUCGCUAAAGAGCAAAGAACCAUCGGAGCUGGCACGUACCAGCAAAGAGUUAUCCCAGAAGUACCAUACUCCUGAGCUUUUCGCCUAUGGUGAAGCACCAACACAACAGGUUUCGGUAAUGGAAGAUAAGGUAGUUGCCCAAGAAGGAUAAAAAAAGAAGAGA